UAUGAAAUGUCGUCAUUCGAUGAAAAGCAAGCGACAUUGCUUUUGAAAGAAAGACCGAUUGAAUUUGUGAAUUAUAACAAACAUCAACUGUCCAGAGUUUAUCCAGCUGGUACGAGGUUUGAUAGCAGUAAUUUCAUGCCGCAAAUAUUUUGGAAUGCAGGAUGCCAGUUAGUAGCUCUCAACUAUCAGACUUUGGAUUUGGCCAUGCAAUUGAAUUUAGGAAUAUUUGAAUACAAUCGCAGGUGCGGAUACAUUUUAAAACCAGAAUUCAUGCGAAGGAAAGAUAGGCGUCUAGAUCCAUUUGCAGAAUCUACGGUAGACGGCAUAAUUGCUGGUACCGUAUCAAUCAGCGUGAUUUCUGGGCAAUUUUUAACAGACAGGAGGGCUGGUACGUAUGUGGAAGUGGACAUGUAUGGUCUUCCAGCAGACACCGUCAGAAAGAGAUUCCGGACGAGAUCCGUUCCGAACAAUGGCAUCAAUCCUGUUUAUGGCGAUGAACCUUUCGUUUUCAAAAAGGUUGUACUACCAGAACUGGCAAGCAUCAGGUUGGCAGCUUACGAAGAAGGUGGCAGAUUUCUUGGACACCGAGUUCUGCCAGUUGUCGGUCUUUGUCCUGGUUAUAAGCAUGUGCAGCUAAGAACAGAAUUGGGCUUACCUCUACCAUUAGCCACAUUAUUUUUAUCUAUAGUAGUUAAGGAUUACGUUCCGCAUAACUUUGUGGACAUUGCCGAUGCACUCGCGAAUCCGAUAAAAUAUCAAAGUGCAUUGGACAAACGUGCAGAGCAACUGGCUGUGCUCACAGAAGAUAUGGAACCAGAAUUGAAUGCUGAUGGAGAAGAAGACCACAAGGGUGAGGGUGGUGACAAAUGUGAUACAAAAGGGGAUGCAAAUGUGCACCUGUCUAGUACGACAGGCAGUGGCAGUAUCUCUUCUCUAGUUGCUAAACCUCAGCGUAGAAUGACCAUAUCAAACGUCGCCUGCAGACGAGAGCUUCUAACAUCAGACGGCGGCAGUCCUCAUUCAAUAACAGCCGGUGGUAGUCCCCGUUUACAUCACCGCGCUAGUGUGGUUACCAGCACCGCCUUGGGAGGAAUGGUUGCGGGCGGCGGUCUAAUGGCUAACGCUGCUACCGUCUCUUCCCUGACUGGUGGAAAUGAUGACAAAGAAUUCAGUGACGGUCAGAACGAGGUCACAAGUAGCGGAGCAAGCGGUGGUGACAUGCCUGUUGUCAGAACGAUUUCAGCUGCUUUACAAAAAGCUCUCGAUCAGGCUAUUCCAGUGCGAAGUCCUGAAGCGAUAGCUGCAGAAGACAUCAAAGCUGAAACACUGGAAAAACUUUUCGAAAAUAAAUCCGUUGCUGAGAAACGUUUGGAAAUGGAGAAAAAAUUAGAAUCGUUGCGUAAGAAACAAGACAAGGAAAGGCAAAAGUCUUUGGAGGGUAGCGGAUUAGCUGAGAAAAGAUCUUCUAAAUUCUAUAUGAGCAGUAAACUUGUGAAGAGGCUAUCCAGUAAAAAUAUCAGUGACGCUCCUUGGUCAUCGGCGGGUUCUUUAGGAAGUGUUGAUGGAGAUAGUCAUGCUGUAGCUGCUGCCGCUUCUUGUCCAGCUUUAGCUCGACUGGUUCGGGAGCACGCAAUUCAACUCAAAGAACUUCAAGAACGAUAUCACGAAACAAUAUAUUCCAUAGCUGAAAAGGCUUUGAAACAAUCUCAGGCGAAUCAGAUGAAAGCUUUGAGGGCUUUGCUAGAUAGAGAAACUGCGGAACUGGGACAAAUAUUAGAAACGACGAGGCGGAAAGAAGUCAAAGAUCUUGCUAAAAAGCAUCGAGAUCGAGAUGAACUCAUUCGUAUGAAAAGAGAAGUGGCAACAGCAAUCGUGGAAAGGGGUGUUGCUGAACGAGUUAGACUUGCUCAAGAUUAUGAAAGGAGAAUUGAUGUUCUACAACGUGAACAUAAUCUUGUGAAAAAAAAUCUUGAAGAACAUCGACUGAAGGCGAAGAAUGAUUUGGAACUGGAGUAUUCUAGUCGCAUAAGUUCCGCCGAGUGCGGUGAAACCGCCGGCAGUGGCGCCUCCACGGCGGCGGUGUCGAGCUUACAGGAACAGCCGUUGGAGCUGUAGCACGAGCGGCUCUCGACCAUCAGCGAGACAAUCUCCGCCACAACCAAUUCCAAAUGCGGUAAAUGUAAUAGUUGUUGUCGGACCGCCGACAGUCCGUGACAGCCACAGCUGACCAAACACGGCCAAUAAUCCUAUGAAAAGCGGUUUGCAAGCAUGCAGAUCGUCAUAGAUCUCUCGAUAGAAAAUUAAUUUCGACAUAGCACCAUAUGCCUAUGGUUAAAGGUGCAAUUUGUGUGUCAGUUCCAACCUUGCUUAAAAGCAAAUUUACCGAUUCGGUUUGUCUAAUUGCAGCUCCAAAAUUGAAGGUAAUUCAAAGAAAAUUAUCUUAGGCAAUAGUAAUAUAUCUGAAGAUUUCAUGUGAGAUCCCACGUUUUGAAACUGUUUUAAAAUAUUCGCUUCAAAAACUCAGCGUUCGUGUAUUAUUAAACAAUUUAGUUAUUGUGUAAA